AUGACGACAAAGGAGGUGGAAAACGAAGGUGAAGUGUCCAAGGAGGCCAAAACGCUGGCCAAACGGUGGAUCCAUGAAAUCGACGGAAUGCGAGAGCGCGGCGCAGCCGGUCGCAUCAUCAUAGCAGGCAAUCAUUUGGGCAGGCCUGACCUCGACCUCAAUUGGCAGGUUGUUGCCUUGGCCAUGCAGGUGUAUGGCUCCAGGCCCAGUGUUUUUGUUUUGAAGGAUGCAGUUGCAGAGUUCUUUGGAUCCACACGUCCUCUUGGAAAGCCUGUUACAGGUAAAUUUAGCAAAAACCAGGGCUGGAGGAUCAGGAAAAUUUAUGAAGCUUUGGACAUCCCUAUUCCAGAAGGUCGUUCUUCAUCUUCGUUGCCGGAUGUGGACAGUGAAGAGGAAGACAGUGCUGAGAUUGAGGCUGGAUGUAGGGUUUUUGAACCAGGCUUUACAGAGGUUAUUGUGGGGUUGAUGCCAUCACAUAUUCAGGCAGAAGAGGGGGAGGAAGAGCAGGCCACAGAGGAUGAAUGCGAGGAAGCUACCAUGCUGAAUCGAGUGAAGUCGCUGGGAAUUGUAUAG